CUCCUUGCUCAGCGCUGUGCAAUAGUAAAAUUCCUGCUUUCUUCCACUACAACCGGUGUCAGAGAUUGGCUUGCUGUGCAAUGGGUGAGCAGACUCAUUCAGGUUCGAUAUCAUCCUGCUCUGACUGCUUCCAGGUGCCUUUAAAGAACCAGUGAUUCCAUGUUUUCAUAUAAGUAAUCUUUGGCCUUUCCCUUUAGAGCAAAUACUUAGUGUCUGUUUAAAAAUGUUUAGUGUGGAGUUGUUUUUAAAGAGUGUCAGAAGGAAAGCGAAAGUGAAAGUCUCGACUUUGGUAUAAAAGCUGAUGCAGGAGCAGCAGAACCCCAGAGCCCCGGGACACCAUGGCUCAGUUUUGUGUGGAACCUGAACCUGGAGACCUGAUUGAGAUUUUCCGCAUUGGCUACGAGCACUGGGCCAUCUACGUGGGAGGUGGUGAUGUGAUCCAUCUAGCUCCUCCAAGUGAGAAGCCUGGGGCUGGCAUCUUCUCCAGCAUCUCAAGCAUCUUCUCCAUUCUGAGCAGCAGGGCAGUGGUAAAACAGGAGCGCCUGCAGGACGUGGUGGGAAGCUGCCGCUAUUGGGUCAACAACUACUUGGACCACAAAUAUAGGCCAUGGCCUGUGAACCAGAUCAUCAGUUCUGCAAAGGAGAAGAUUGGCGAGGAGACGGAAUACAGUGUUCUGGGCAAGAACUGUGAGCACUUUGUCACCCUUCAGCGAUAUGGCAGGGUCUGCAGCAGGCAGGCAAGGCCCUCUUUGGGCUGAUCCCUGUGCUUCCUGGAGGUCUGCUUGGGGUGGGAGUGAGCGGGCAGUACAGCCAGAGGGGAGAAUCACUGUGAAGGAUGCAAAAUGGGCUCUCAGGGACCCGCUGGCUGGGAGCAAGGAUGUCUGAGCUCAAAUCUGGGAUCUGCUUCUAAGCCAGAGUGUUUCUGGACAGCUUACUUCCUCUCUGGGCCUCAGUUUCCGCAAGUGCAGAAGGAAGAGUUAGUUGGAGGGUCUCUGGAGUCCUGGCCACCUCUGACCUUCUGGGACCCUUCAGCUCUAAGGUCCACCCUGACAGGCAGCUACUGAAGCCCCCAGAGUUGUCUGGGCCAACCCAGGACCACGGCGGGUCUCCUAAGUCCCCCAAAAGCACUCAGGCAAUGGAUACUCAAGGUCAGGGGGCCUAUGUAAGAGCUCAGGAACAUUUUUAUGUCAGAUCUGGAGCACAGCUUCUACUCUCGACACUUUCAUAGUCUUCCAGAUUCAUUAUCCCAAAACACAUAGCUAAUAAGUGGCAGCAGCAGGAUUCAAACCCCAGCCGUCCCUGUCUAGAGUCUUUGUUCGUUCCUGCCACACUACAGCACCUCCAGGGCUCCUGGCCCAAGUGGUUGGGUAGAUGGGCGACCCUGCAAGAGAUGAGCAUGAGGGCGGGAGGAGCAGGUUUAGGGGGAGAAAUCAAGAGUUUGGACACAGUAAUGGGAUGUUUGAGGAGGCCAGAGCAAAUAAUUCAUAAUCAAUGUAUAAAACAAAGCUGGGGUGAGUUUAUGACAUGAGCCAGUUUGGAGGAUGAUGACCUGGGAGAAAGCAACCUUCACCAAGGAAGGAAGCACUCCGAAGCAAUGGGGUGUACAGAGUGGUUAUAUGCCAUCUUGGGACAAGGAACAUACAUCAAAUAUGACAGGAAGAUGCCUUUUACUACCAGCACAAGAUGCUUUGCUGGCACAGCAGGUCAGUGGUCAGCAGGUCUGGGGUCAUGAGAUGAGCAUGACAGGUCAGUAACUAAUCCUUAGUUUCUGGGAAGAAAUGCUUAUCUAUAAAGAAAUGUUGAUAUGGAGGAGGCAACAUUGCUAUCUUUAAGGGCAUCAUUCUUGGCUUGGGGACAUUAUAACUGUUUAAAGCAGGUGUACAAUGCAUGCUUGACUGUCCAUGUCAGCCCUUUCUGGAAAAACAAGGUCAGGACUGACUAGUUUUACACUGAAUGGCUUCCUCAUAGACUCCAGCAUAUCUUAUUGCUCAUCAUUUAUUUAUCCCCAGUUAGACAUCUAGGUGCAGAUAGUGUAGCAGUUGGACACUUGAGUCUGGAGUUCAGGGCUGAGGUGGGGCUGGAGAUGGAAGUUUCCAGGCUGCACUUGUGGACAGUACAGAGUGCACAGUGAACUAAAGUGCCACGGCUUCCCGAAACCUCCCCUCAGCUUCCCCCACAGCCCCUCCCUCGCAGGGGAGUAGCCCAGGCAGAACCCAGACCACAAACAAGUCCCCAGUCUCACCCCCGGAGCAGUGGCUCCAGAAAACCAAGAACAAAGCCUGCUCCCUACCCAUCCCAAGUCAGGGACGAAUGUCCUCACCCAGAAGCUAACACAAAAGGAGUCCAUCAGCCCAUCCUGCAGGCUGUCAGAACAAGCCCAGACAAGCCCACCACUAAGUGGUCACGACUUCCCGUUGCCCAGGAAAUGGGGCCUCUGGGACACAGCCGGCUCCCUCCCUGGGAGAGGACUCCGGGCUGGCCAGCUCAGACGGAAGCUGAGAGGCCAGGCCCCAGGGAGGACGGGAGAAUGAGCGUGGAUUCCAGGCCCUGGGGAGGGAGGGAGAAGUGCCUGGACUUGCUGUGGACUCUGAACACGGGCUGCUCACUUCCAGGUGGAACAGGUGGUGAUUGGAGGAGAGGUGACCCUGGGACUGGGAAUCCUGGGUGUCAUUGGAUAUUCUCUUUUGAAGAAACGAUAUCAAAACCAAUGACAGCCUGAAGGAGCCACAGAAUCCUGCAUUAGAAGCCGCUGUGGAGGCCAGAGGAGAGGGCCUCCCACAGCAACUCUGUCUGCCUGACCCUCACACUUGGGCAGCAUGUAGUUCCCUCCCUCGCUUUUCCUCUCUCACUGGCUGGAGGAUGGGCUAAUUGUACCAAGACUGAAGAAUUGAUACAUGUAUCUAUCUGUCCCUUCAGAAAGGACUUUCACUGUGUUUUUGUAGACUUCUGACCCAGAAAGGAAGAGCGUAACAUUGACUCAGCGCCUGUUGGUACUUCCAGCAAUGUCUAGCUGUGUGACCUUGAGGGGAGCUCUUGACUCUCAGAGCCUCAGUUCUUCCUUCUUUGAGAUGUGGGUCAUGAUCCACUUCAUGGUGACAUUGUGAGGAUCAAAUAAGAUGAUGUGUAGCAGACCCCUGCACGAUGUCUGGUACCUGGCAGGUACUCAGUGGAUUGUCUAUAUCAUUCCGUGCACACUGACCAUUGUUGUAACUAUAAAGCUUUCAUUUUACUCUCGGGGUGAAAAAAGCUUAAUUAUGUCCCGGUUUGUCACAACACGUGGUGCUCGAAUCCCCUGACAACACAUAAACAUCUCCCAGCACGUUUCCACUGACCUCCUUCCCUCAGCCCUGUUUUUAGAUAGUGUUUUUCUUUUUUAGCUCGAAUGUCUAAUCCUUACCCAGCUGUGACUACCAGAUGCAAUUAUGUAGCUUUCCAUGAGCAGAUGGCCACGGCUCAAGCUGCCCCUGGGUUGAAUGCUGAAAAUUAGCCCCCUCGGUCUUUCGGGCUGUGAAUACUCUGUAUUAUGCAAAGUGGGGGCUACAUGUCAUCAUACAUCUGUCCCAACCCACAGAAGGUACAGCACCCAGAGUGAACCCUAAGGUCAACUAUGGCCUUUGGGUGACUAUGCUGAGUCAUUAUUAGUUCACCAUUUGUAACAAAAAUGCAUCCUCUGCUGUAGGAUGUUGAUCAUGGGGGAGGUGAUGCAUGUAGGGGGGCAGGAGGCCUAUGGGAAAUCUCUGUAACUUUCUUUCAAUUUUGCUAAGAAUAUAAAACUGCUCUAAACAAUAAAGUCUUUCCAAAAAAAAUUG